AUCAGAUAAGAGCGCAUAAGACAUUGCAGAAAAGCACUCAUUCUUUCUUCAAUGCAUUGGCAGCCUGAAAGAUCCUUUCAAAGCAAAUCAGUAAAUUAACAUCUUUUCUAUCCAAAUUCUUCAUUCAUGUCGAAUUUUCACGAAGAAAUCCAUUACAAUGGAAACUCAUUUCUCCCUUCAACAUCGCUAGAACUACUCCUCAAGCACUGCAGUACCAGAGUGAAGCGUCCGAGGGAUGAAUAUCACAACGAUCAAACCUCCAAUCUACCUGAUCAACAACGAUUUCAAUCCACCGUUCAGAUUAUGAAGCAAGCAAAAGAGCAACUUCGUAACUUAAACUCCCAAAACGCCGAUGUUAUUUCCUCUGUUUUUAGCUUCGUUGAAGCCCAGUACGCUCUUGGUUACGAAAUUUCCCUGGAAAUGGCACUCGGGAUACUUCUCCAAGCUGCUGCAGAAAAAAUUGACAAUCAGCAAUACGUUUAUGGUAGAAAAUUGUUAAGUUUGUGCCGUCAAUUUUCUAGUAAGGACGGAAUUAGUCCGACCCAGAGACUGACUCACUAUUUUGUUGAAGCUCUACAAGAAAAGACCGAUCGAGAAUGCGGAAUCGCUUUACCGUCAUCGGAAGAAAUUCAGCAGAGCCAGCCAAUGGAUGAGAAAUUGGCCCUGCUUAAUUUACAACCCGAGAUCUUGGCGGGUCAGCAAGAAAACCCGUUUUCUCUCGUCUGCCAGUUCAUGGCGGUCGGAUCGAUUCGAGAUGGUGUGGGAUCGGCUGAGAAAGUUCACCUGAUUGAUUUCUCAAUCGAUAAUGGAUCCCAUUGGAUACUGAUUAUGCAAGAUUUCGCCGGCCCCGGCCGGCGUGAUUUCCCUCUUCGCCUCCUCAAGAUAACUGCAGUCGGAACUUGUAGAUGGAUGAUGGAAGAAACAGGGCAACGUUUGUCGGCUUUUGCAGAGUCAAUCAAUUUGGCAUUUCGAUUCGACAUUGUUGUUUCCGAUCUGAAGGAUCUCAGGAAAGAUCCAUUCGAGUUAGAAGAGGAUGAAGUUGUGGCGGUUCAUGUGGCUACUCGUUUCUGGACUCUGUUAGCGUGGCCUAAUUACUUGGAUUCGCUAAUCGAAACGAUCAAAUCCCUGAAACCAUGUGUAAUGGUGGUGAAAGAAAUGGAGGCAGGAACCAAUAAGAAUAGCUUCCUGGAAAGAUUUGAUGAAGCCCUGAUUUACAUCAGCGGAUCGUUUGAUAUUGCGAAAGAGUGUAUGGAGAAUCAUGUCCUGUAUAGGAAGUUGUGGGAAGAAUUUUGCAGCGGGAAGAUGAUUCGGAAUAUUUUGACGGCUGAGGGAGUUGAGAGGAUUCACAGGCAUGAAAAGAUUGGUUUCUGGAGAUCCCUUUUUGGUAAGUUCGAGAUUGUGGAAACUGAACUUAGUCGCCCGUCGUUGUAUCGUGCAAGAUUGUUGCUCAAAAGAUCGGCUCGGUUUAGUCCGUUUACGAUUGAUAAGGAUGGAGAAUGCUUUGUAUUGGGGUGGAAGGGAAACCCUUUUCUAUCCAUUUCUGCCUGGAAGUUCCCUGAAGAUCACUCCCAGCCUGCGUAGAUUUGCUAUUGAUGGAUUUUCCGAUUUAGCAUUUCUUAUUCUUCUUCAAUAUUUGAAAAGCGAUAUCGUGCAUGGGUACAUUAACAAUACCUAUAGAAGGAUAACAACUAGUUAUCUUGGUUUCUAAACUCUAACAUGUAAGAUACGAUCGUCACGCUAGUUAUACAGUUUAUCUUUACCAAAGCCUUUUGUGAUGGUUUAUUACUUGCUCUCCCAUGUAAGCAUGUUGCAAUCUCACCAAUAUUGUCUAUCACUUAAGCAUGUUUUUUCAAGGUUUUGUUGCAGAAAGAGAAUGAUUUUGAUCCACU